AUGAACAUCACAAACACACACUCUGGAGUUUAUAAACUGAAGAUCAGCAGCGGCAACAGCGAGAGUGAUGGGAUCUUCAGUGUUUCUGUUCAUGGUGCUUCUGCUGCUCAACGAGAUGAAGUGGAGGGAGAAUCUGUCACUUUAUAUACUACUGUAAUAAGAAAACUGAAUGAUUCAAUAACAUGGUAUUUUAAUGACAUUCACAUCGCUGAAAUGACUGGAGAUCUGAGUAAGAUCUGUACAGAUGUUCAGUGUAAAGAGAGAUUCAGAGACAGACUGAAGCUGGAUCAUCAGACUGGAUCUCUGACCAUCAUGAACACCAGAAACACAGACUCUGGAGAAUAUAAACUACUGAUCAACAGCCGCAGAUUCAACAUCAUUAGGAGCUUCAGUGUUUCUGUCACUGGAGCUUCUGGUGCUGAUGACGACCGAGUGUCAGUGAUGGAGGGAGAUUCAGUCACUCUAAACACUGGUGUUUUAACAAACCAACAAGACAGAAUUAGAUGGUAUUAUAAUGACAUUCGCAUCGCUCAAAUCAAUAGAGAUCAGAGUAAGAUCUGUACAGAUGUUCAGUGUAAUGAAGAUACUGAGAGAUUCAGAGACAGACUGAAGCUGGAUCAUCAGACUGGAUCUCUGACCAUCACACACACCACAAACACAGACUCUGGAGAAUAUACACUGAAGAUCAGCAGCGGCAACAGCGAGAGUGACGGGAUCUUCAGUGUUUCUGUCACUGGUUUUUCUGCUGCUGAACGAGAUGAAGUGAAGAGAAAGACAGCGAUGGAAGGAGAAUCUGUCACUUUAUAUACUAGUGUAAUAAGAAAACUGAAUGAUUCAGUAUCGUGGUAUAUUAAUGAGAUUCUCAUCGCUGAAAUGACUGGAGAUCUGAGUAAGACCUGUACAGAUGUUCAGUGUAAAGAGAGAUUCAGAGACAGACUGAAGCUGAAGCUGGAUCAUCAGACUGGAUCUCUGACCAUCAUGAACACCACAAACACACACUCUGGAGAAUAUAAACUACUGAUCAACAGCAGCAGUUUUAGCUUUAUUAGGAGCUUCAGUGUUUCUGUCACUGGUGAGUCUCAUUUCAUCAUUCAGUGCAUUUCCACUUGA